UCAAUGGAAAGCAUCUGAUAAGAGCUGCUGCAUUUCUGGUGGCUCAGUCAAGAGGACUUCAGUGCUUCUAUUAGGUCUGUGGCUGCGUCAGGGCUGUCUCACGUCCUCUGUCCAGGAGAGACACCAUGUCCACGACCAUCUGCCAGGUGAUGGCAUUCAUCGUUUCAUCGCUGGGUGUUGCAGGGUGCAUCGUGUCCACUGCCAUGGAUAUGUGGAGCACACAGGACUUGUAUGACAACCCGGUCACCGCUGUCUUCCAAUAUCAGGGACUGUGGAGGAGCUGCGUGCGGCAGAGCUCUGGCUUUACAGAGUGCCGGCCGUAUUUCACCAUUCUUGGGCUGCCAGCGAUGUUCCAGGCUGUGAGGGCCCUCAUGAUCGUGGGUAUCGUCCUGGGCAUUCUUGGCCUUCUUGUGUGCAUUUUUGCUCUGAAAUGCAUCCGUAUCGGCAACAUGGAGGACUCUGCAAAAGCCAACAUGACUCUGACUUCUGGCAUCAUGUUUAUUGUUGCUGGUCUGUGUGCCAUCACUGGAGUGUCUGUGUUCGCCAACAUGCUGGUCACAAACUUCUGGAUGUCCACGGCCAACAUGUACCAGGGAAUGCAGAACGUCCAGAACAGGUACACCUUUGGAUCGGCCCUCUUUGUUGGCUGGGUGGCAGGUGGCCUGGCCCUAGUAGGAGGUAUCAUGAUGUGCCUUGCUUGCAGAGGGCUGAUUCCAGAAGAAUCCCGUUACAAAGCGGUGUCCUACAAUGCGUCAGGACGGAAUAUCUCCUACAGAACGGGGCCAUAUAAGGUUGGUUCAGGGUAUGAUCCUGAAACGAAGGCUAGGAAGGACGCAGGGUAUGAAGAAGCUGGUCGAAGCGAGGAUGGAAGACGCUCAUACCCUUCAAAAUAUGACUAUGUCUAGUAGACUUUAUGGGCUUGUGAUGUGCUAUCUUUUAUAAAAUAGUUUUCACUUCAGAAGCAAAAAGUAUAUGCAAACAAAGCAGUCUGUAAAUAGGAUUGUGUUUUCUAUCAUAUUUCCCCUACUCUGAGGUUGUACCCUAGCUUGUUAAGAACACUGGUUUUAUUCAACUGCCUGCCUACCAAGAGGAGGUCUAUAACAAAAGCUAUGUCUUUUUAUGCUCUCAGAGUAGAACAGUUUGCUCAUACUUUACAGAUAAACAUUGAUACCCAGAACCAGGAUUAUGCCUUGUGCCCUUUUCUAAUUCUUCUAAUAGGUUAAAAUUUCCAUUUAAUAAUAGCCCAGAUGUAAAAGCAAUGCUACCCCACCACCUUCUUCCCUUUGAGCAGGCUUUCAUGCAAUCAGACGUCAUCCCCUACUUUCUCAGACUUUAGAAACAUAUGCCAUGACCUUGGUGUCCCCUGUUCAUCAUAAGAAACAGUGUUUUGCUGAAAUAGUAAUGUAUCUUUGCUCUGGUAUUGCCACCUGAUAUUUUUUGAGCAGGUUGAAAAGCAGAAAUUAUAAUCUAGUAGUCUCCUAUAUUAUUUUGCUGUGUAUUUUAAGUAAAUUCGGUUGUGUCCCUUUUGCUGUGGCCAAUGCAUACAAGCCCGAUGAUAGUCAUGGCAUUUUCUUCCCUGUGACUGUUUCUACUGACACACAUUUGCUUUGCUGGUUUUACUAUGAUGCUGAUCUGCUGUGAUAUUUAAUCUGAUUUAUGUUACUUAGACAUUUGCUAUAACCAUGAUAUCAAAGUGUAUUUAUUUCUUCUGAUCUCUCCAGGGAAUAGAUAUAAUCCAUUGUUAUUCCUAUGCUAGAUAUUUGCUGUAAUAGCUGAAAACCUCUGUGUGCGGCCGGUGUUCCUGCAGAUGUCAUCUUUAAUGAAGCCUUAUGAAUUUCUCAUUUAGAAUUAAUUAGAGUUACAUUUGGAGCAGAAAUCCCAGGGAGCAUUAGAUGUGUAACUCCAUACCGGCAUCAGGACUUCCUCAUGUUAAUUCUUCCCCCAAUGAUGUGAAGAUUAACUCUGUAGUGGGACAUUGCCUCUUCUAGACAAUCCAUCAGAGAGAAGGUUAUUCAAGGGGGUCAGAGGAAGGGACACAAGAGCUUAUGUGGGAGGGGAGAGCUGUGUACCAUUAGCAAGUCCUCUCACCAGGCUCCAGAGCACAUCCUAGCAAAGGUAUGGAAAGUGCCUAUGAGCAGAGCAAAGGGUACCAAGGGAUAAGUUAGAGAAAAAAAAGGGGUCCAAAACCUCUAAAGUAGCCAUUUUGAUAGAUAGCUGCAAUAGGUUUUAGCCCCACUUGUAAUGAUUAUAAGUUCUUUACAGGAGUUCAUUGACAAAUUGUUUUGGUGAAAUGCUGAUACUCCCUUGAGUGAUUUCAUGCUCUGGAGGGAUCAGAGGUAGAGCUGAACAUUUCUCCCGAUUUGGAUCUUUGGUAUGUCAUUCUGCCAGUCCAGCUGGCAUCUCUGGUGGCUUGUAUGAAUAGGGGGGCAGGCUGUCUCACUGAACAUGAGUGCUCUCAGUGAGCACAAACUAUACUCACCAGCUCUCCACAACCUUCACGCCUCCAUAAGCAUCAGCGCUCCAUCACCAGAUGGAGGCACAUCUCCAGCACAGGCCCAGGAGAUGCAGAGAGGUUGCACCUCGGGCAGGUCAACGAGAGGAGGAGGGAACACCUGGCAGGGUGCGGCACCCAGGGGCUGAUGGUUGGAGGAGACGACCACCAUGCAGAGGGACGGGAAGAGCUUCCAUCCAACAGAAGCUCUUGGUCCCAUCUCAGGCUGGAUGUUGGCCCCUGCUGCCACCUGGGGCCUCUGCUACCUCUGCUGGAUGUCAGUGCUGACUCUCUCUUUUGUACUAGCGAAGGACUUGUUUUAUGGAUCUGUUUUUAAAAGAGAACAAUUCAGUUUUGCAGAGGUAAAUCCUGUCCUGUUUUUAAAACAUCAAUAUUCUAUUCAAUGGUUUUUUCCCUAUCUCUCAGUAUAGACUUAGGUUUUCUGCCUCUUUUUUGCAUGCUGGAUUUAUUUUUUUGUUGGUUUGUUUUGUUAGUUUUUUUUACAUGAAUAUUAAAAAAAAGUCUUUAAGACCAAAAUCACUGUUUUCACUUGUUCUCUCCGUGUCACAAACAGCAGCUACGAACUUUCCUGCUUAGCUAAACUCACCCCAGCUUUGGGUUCUGCAGCUUCUUAGGAGCAGUAUGGACAAAUGUGUGUGAUUGAGGGAAAGAAUAAAAGAUUAGGCUUUUUUUUUUUUUGUCAUUUAUAAGACAUAGUUAGUUAUAUGCUGAGACAAAAUAUCAGAAAAGUAGAUGAAUAAGCAUCAGGGGACCCCAACUCACUGAUGCAAUGAA